UCAGUCAAAGUAAGAGGCCACGCCUCCCGCUGACCCCGCAAACCCUGGGGGAGACGAGUGUUCAGGGUUUUUAAAAGAUAUAUACGCUGGAAUAAAGUUAACUUUUUGCGCGAGGAUUAUCACUUAAGAGGGUUGUUUUGUACUUUUGUGAAGGGAGCGUAGGAUUUCGGUAUUUUCGGAGGGCUUUUCCAUUCUUUUCGGGUGUCGUGGUGAAGGAUGGAUGAGAUGCGGCCUAGCGGCGGAGCGGCUGGCCACCUCGGGCUCGCCUCGCUCUUUCCGCCGGGUCUGCAGGCCAUCUAUGCGGAGUCCCGGCGCCUGUAUCCCGAUCAGCCAAACCCGCUACAAGUCACUGCCAUCGUUAAGUACUGGUUAGGGGGGCCAGAUCCUCUGGACUACAUAAGCAUGUACAGGAACGUGGGAUGUCCUGCUCUGGAUGUCCAGGAACACUGGCACUAUGUGAGUCUUGGCCUGAGUGAUUUGUACGGAGACAACAGAGUUCAUGAAUUCACUGGUCCAGAAGGUCCAAGUGGAUUUGGCUUCGAGCUUACAUUUCGGCUGAAGAGGGAGCCCGGUGAGACGGCUCCCCCCACCUGGCCAGCUGAGCUUAUGCAAGGUUUGGCUCGGUACGUCUUUCAAUCAGAAAACACAUUCUGCAGUGGUGACCACAUUUCAUGGCACAGCCCACUAGACAACAGCGAGUCCCGAAUCCAGCACAUGCUGCUCACAGAGGAUCCCCAGAUGCAACCUGUACAAACCCCCUUUGGGAUGGUCAGCUUUCUUCAAAUCGUGGGGGUGUGCACGGAAGAGCUCCAGGCAGCACAGCAGUGGAAUGGACAGGGCAUUUUGGACCUGCUCCGUGGAGUGCGUGUUGCUGGAGGUCCCUGGUUAAUCACUGACAUGAGGAGAGGGGAGACUAUAUUUGACAUUGAUCCUCACUUACAACAGGAGAGGGUGGAUAAAGGCAUUGAAACAGACGGCUCUAACCUGAGCGGUGUCAGUGCCAAGUGUGCAUGGGAUGACCUGAGCCGACCUCCCGAGGAUGAGGACGACAGCCGCAGCAUCUGCAUUGGAUCACAGCCACGCAGGCUGUCUGAGAAAGACACCGAACAGAUCAGGGAAGCCCUGAGGAAAGGACUGGAGAUUAACAGCAAGUCAGUCUUACCCCCCAUUAACAGCCAGAGACACCAUCAAGACCGGCCAGUACAAUCAGUCGGACAUUUGCAGAGCAAGCAGAACUCAAGAAGUCGUAAGGACAGUCUGGAAAGUGAGAGCUCAUCUGCUAUUGUUCCUCAUGAGCUGGUGAGGACGCGACAGCUGGAGAGUGUGCACCUCAAGUUCAAUCAGGAGUCUGGAACUCUGCUCCCACUGUGCCUUAGAGGUCGCCUCCUUCACGGGAGGCACUUCACAUAUAAAAGUAUCAAUGGUGACACGGCAAUCACUUUUGUAUCCACUGGAGUGGAGGGUGCCUUUGCAACAGAAGAGCACCCCUACGCUGCUCAUGGGCCUUGGCUACAGAUCCUUCUCACUGAAGAGUUUGUGGAACACAUGCUAGGCGACCUUCAGGAUCUGAAUAUUCGUGACGAGUCCAAGCUACCAAAGGAAUACAGCUGGCCUGAUAAGAAGCUGAAGAUUUCUAUCCUGCCAGAUACAGUGUUUGACAGCCCGCUGCAAUAAGACUGAGAAGCUGUGUCUCUCCCCACGUCUCUAGAGAAGUGCUGAGCUGCAGGGGCUCCAUAGAGACUCGUGCUUAUACACGGACUUUUAAUGGACACGUAGACAGUUGACUCCCUCUCAGACAGCUGUUGGCACAAGACACUGAAUAUGCCUUUUUUCACUAAGUAUUAACUCCAUCAUAGCAUUUACACUUCAGAUGUUUCUGCUGAAUGCAUUGUGUCCAAAUACCCUCAUACCCUUUAUCUUCAAAAGUCUACCUGUGUGCCUGUAGAAUGUGUAUAGAAGAUUUUUGAAUAUUUUUUUGAAUAUUCGAUAUGGUUGUACUGAAAAAGGGCUUUCUGCGUAGCUGUUUCUGGUGUGCAUUAACCCAGACUGAUAUUUGCAUCAGGUUGAAGAAUGACUUGCCUACAUCUAAACAACCAUACCUAUUGAUUUUAUGGGAGAACAAACAGGGAAGAGCUAAUACGGUUAGAUUUUUCCUUUUUCCUUUUUUUUUUUUUUUUGAGGUCAGAAUAUGAUAAUUAUGCAGAAGAGGUUGGUUGAAACCAUGUUUACACAUUUUAAGGGAUUGGGCAUAGCAAAUUCAUAGCCCUGCCAAAAAUCCUCAAACUUUUUCUGUGCCACAGGGAAGUACUGAUGUAAAUCUUGCUUUGAAAAGAAAAGCGUUAUCUUAAACGUUCAUGUUAUGUGUAAAAAGAUUGAUUAUGCCAAAGGUGUAUCUCCUCAAAAAUUUAAUUAUUUCAAGUGCAGAAAGAUAUACUGCCAAUCCAAACGUGAUGAAUUUGUCUUGUCAAUUAUUAGUACCUUACUGCAUUAUUCAAAAACGUGUACAUUCAUCACUAAGUCUUGCUAAGAAAUGUUUACUGGCUAAAGUAAACUUUUUACCAGCAAAACUAUAACAAACUGCUUCUCAUGAACUCAAGCUGUAAUUAAUGUACCUUUUAUAUCAUGAGUUACUGAAGUGUUUAAAUUGCUCUCGAAUUAAAUACACUAGUGCCUAUUUAAACCUGUGAUCAACACUAUCAUGAUGCAAGUUGCUAAUCUAAACCAAAGCCAGUAUUUAAUUUGCAUUCUCAUGUAUUGGAUGUAGUAGAUCAAAAACCCAUUUUAUUAUCAUGUUUUUUUUCUUUCCCUUUGAUUUCUUUAACCAUUUAAAGUGCAAUGGUUAACAUUUCCACCCAUCGUUCCUGUUACGUUCCAUGUUAUUUUAUGGAUGUAAGCUAAAAGGUGUUUGUGGGGACAGGAGUAUGUUCACACACACUGCAUUAGUUCCUUAUUUACCAGAAAUGCGAACUAAACCACAAGGUUUUUUUUUUUUUUUUUUUUUUUUUUUUAAAAGAGAUGUGUUUAUGUAGUGUAUUGUCUUUUCUUCAAAUCACUAAACUGCCUGUAUUUCUUACCAUUAAUGUGCAUUAAAGUUUAUUUACAUAAA